AUGGAUUCACACAGUAGCAGCAAAAACGGUAAUCACUCGCGAAACGCUACAGACCUUCGAACAGGAACAGAAGAUGUCAAAAGGAUCGCCUUGAUUUUGUUCUACGCGGUAACACUCUUCCUUGGCGUAUUCGGCAACUGGUGUAUCAUCGCUAUCGUUAUAAAAGUCAAGCGCAUGCGGACAAUGGCAAAUGUCUUCAUACUAAACAUGGCAGUUUCAGAUCUUGUGGUGUCUGUGAUAGAUGUGCCGAGAAAGCUGCAGAUUGCCAUAACCAUGUCCUACGCUUACGAGGUGCCAAGUUUCGAUGUGGUCAAGGUCUUGUGUAAAAUACUGCCCUUUACUCGAGAGCUGAGCUAUUCGGUAUCUUCCCUCAGUGCUGUUAUGAUCGGUAUCGAUCGCUACUAUGCCGUCAUCUGUCCCAUGGAGCAAAAGCCGCGAGUUCUAUCCCCAAAAGUGACAAUUCCUGCUAUUUGGCUCAUUUCUGCGUUGGCCUACUCCACAAACCUUUACACCUACAAAGCGACGAAAAAAGAAGGCGCUUUCUAUUGCAGUUACAGAUGGCAUCCGUUGCCUGAAAAGGAAGCAGAAGAGUUGUUCCUCUUGAUUACAUUUGUACUCUUCGUAGCUCUUCCCUUGGUGGCUCUUGUCUUUGUCUACUCUCUCAUCGCCGUCAAAAUGAUGAAUCGAAGCAUCCCUGGAGCGACCGGAGCAGCAGUGAAUUCCCACCGCGUCCGCGGGAAUAACAAAAUAAUUCGCCUCUCCAUCGCCAUCACAACCGCUUUCUUCAUAUGCUGGGUGCCUUAUUAUGUCCUCUUACUCACACUUACCUUUAACAUCCGCCUUGGAGACGAGUCAAUUGAGAUCUCUGCCUUGAUACUUGUACUGGCGGACAUCUUCGAGGCCCUGACGUACACCAGCAUCGUCACCAACCCAAUGAUUUGCUUGGCAUUCAGCACCAACUUUAGGCAGGCGCUUAAAGAGCUCAUGUCGUGCCAAGCACGCAGCCUACAAGCAAACAACACGAACCGAACACGCAUACAACAUAGCAUGACCAUGGCAUCCUCGUUCGAGACCAUUUCUAUGAGCGUCGAGUCUGUUAACAAGGACGUCCACCCAGGGAGGAGGUGUGUCCCGUAUGUCAUCACGUCUUAG